GUACGCCAUUGCAACGGCAACCCUGGAUAACAGAUGUAUAUGAAAUGCAACAAUCGGAAUGGAACACUAAGAAAAUUUGGAAAAUGCAAAGCAAGUGUAUAAUAAAGCAAAAUCAAGUAAAGAGCAGCUGGUAUCCGAUUUAUAGUUAAGUUAGCGCAGAAAGUUAAAAAAAUAUAUAAAAACGUUGAAGUGAAAUUUUUUAAGAAGUGUAAGUAAGGUUAUAUAGCAGCUGGKGUUAAAAUGUGUGGAGGUUUUACUUGUUCGAAGAAUGCGCUAAUUGCGCUGAAUAUUUUGUAUGUGAUGGUUGGAUUCCUGUUAAUUGGCGUUGGCGUCUAUGCGCGUGCAGCUUCCAUUGUCACAAAUCUGCCAAUUGUGGGUGGUAUUUUAGCCUGUGGCGUGAUAUUGAUAUUAAUAUCAAUUCUCGGACUGGUCGGUGCUGUGAAGCAUCAUCAAGUCAUGCUGUUUUUCUACAUGAUCAUUCUCUUYAUGCUCUUCCUCAUUCAAUUCUCCAUUGCCAGCUCUUGCUUGGCUGUCAAUUCGGAGCAGCAAAAAGAGUUCGCUGAGGAGGGUUGGAAUAAUGUACCAGAUUCAAUGCGCAUGCAAGUUCAGGAUACAUUUACUUGCUGUGGCUUUAAUUCGACACACACAGGCACAUCAUGCGAAGCAGUCACCAAGAAAUGUUGUCCAGAUUAUGUGGACAAUUGCGCUUGCCYACCAUGUCUACCCGCUUUGGAGGAUAAGAUCAGUUAUGCAUUUAAAUUGUGCGGCGGUUUGGGUAUUUUCUUCAGUUUCACUGAGGUACUGGCAGUCUUCUUGGCGCGUCGCUAUCGCAAUCAACAUGAUCCACACUAUCUAGAACCGCGCGCAAUUUUCCCACACAAUUACCAGUAUUAGUGAAAAGGCAUGAAAUCAGUUUGAAAAGAAAGCAGUUAGCGCAAAAUAUUUACUUAAAUUAAGCUUUAAUUUGCGCAGACGAGCAUAGUUUGGCUUGGAACCGAUUGAGUGGAAACGAACAAAUCACAAAACAUAUUAUUUUUCGAACAUCAUUUUUAGUCGCAAUUUAUUAGUUUGCAUUUAAAAAACUCCAAUUAUUUUUUUAUACUUAUUUUGGUUGUAAUUUUUGUGUUCAAUUUUCACUUGCAUUCAAGUAGUCAAAUUUUGUUUUAAUUAAGUUUAUAUAAACUACAUUUGAUUCUAUAAUAUUCUAGUGAUUUUUAAUAACUAAUGCAAAUUGUCUUUACUUUUGUUUACAAUUUGUUUAAUUUAGUUGACUCUUUGAGAUUAUUAUUUUUUAAAUAAAGUAUAUAAUUUUAAUAGCAUAGUUGUAAUUUUGUGUAUAGGUUGCUAAAAAAUAAAAAUAUUACUUGUACACAUAUACAUACAUAUAUAAUA